AGUAAACAAUAAAGUUGUUGUAAAGAGGGAGAAAGAUAGGCUUGGCAAGUGUCUCUUUGCGCUGUUGUAAAUAUUCAGUGUUCAAAAAUCGAGCUAAUUCGCUAUUUUGAUAAAUAUACCGUUGUUUCUUUUGAAGAAUAUUUUGUUCAUUCAUUAUCUGCUAAAUUUUCGUGAUUCAAUAAAUAUGGGUCUAUUUGGUAAAGAUCCAAAACAAACAUCAAAAGAACAGGUUCGUGAAUGGAAUUCUAAGUUACGAAAACAACAAAUGUUAUUGGAUCGACAAAUUCGAGCCAUUCAACGUGAAGAAGCCAAAGUUAAAGCCGAAUUGAAAAAAGCAGCUAAACGUGGCGAUCGUGAUGUUUGCGUUAUUUUUGCAAAAGAAAUAAUUGGUGCUCGUAAAGGGAUAAAUCGUUUGCAGACAUCUAAAGCACAUUUGAAUUCAAUUAUGAUGAAUAUGACACAACAAUUGGCAACAUUACGUGUAGCUAAUUCUUUGGAAAAAUCCACCGAUGUAAUGCGUGCAAUGCAAAAUGUCGUUAAGAUUUCUGAAAUUUCCGGUGUCAUGCAAGAGCUAUCCCGUGAAAUGAUGAAAGCUGGUAUUAUCGACGAAAUGAUGGAAGAAACGAUGGAAGAUGCAUUAGGCGAUGAAGAAUUGGAAGAAGAAGCUCAAGAAGAGGUUGAUAAAGUUUUAUUUGAAAUCACCGAUGGUGUACUUGGUAAAGCACCAUCAGUAGUAUCAGAUUCGUUACCUGCCGAAUCCGUUAAGGAGGCUCCUAAAAAAGCCGAAGAAGAAGAUAUUAAUGAAAUGAGACAACGGCUUGAAGCACUUCGAAAUUGAAAUUGUUGCAAUUCAAAAUUAUGAUUAUUUAGGUUGAUUUGUUGAUUUUUUUGUAAAAAGAUAAUUUCUGAAUCCCAUAACUAUACUAACUUUCUUCUGAAUCACAUUUUCGAAAAAAAUCUGAUUAAUUUAUA